AUGUUGUUCUUGCUGUUUUUUCUGGCCUUGGUAGUUGCGGAAAUUGCCUCUGCAAGCUUCUGCUUUCCUCUCUGCACGAGUGCGAGCUGGUCUGAAUGCUUGCACGACUCCAUGCCUGAAGCACUUCGGUACCAGUCAGAUAAAUGUAUCUUGUGCAACCGCCAGGAACGACAGAGCAGUGUUGGUGCUGUCAGUAAUACUAAAAGUACUCUCAGACAUACUGCGCCCUGUUGGCAAGGCAUGGAAAAAGCACUGGGCAUCAGGGGCCGUCCGUUCGGCGUUCUAUCAGAAAAGAAACUGACGCCCAACAGGUCCUCAGUAGAAACGUUGGUCCUGAUCGAGAAUGAAAUCACAGAUGUGGAGGAAAACGCUUUGGUUGGGUUUUCGAAUCUGAAAUAUCUGAGCCUAGAUUUCAACCGGCUAACGCACGUGAGACAGAGCUGGUUCAACGGCUUGGAGAAGCUUGGUUUUCUCACUUUAUCCAAUAACAGAAUAGCACAGAUUGAGCAUGGGUGCUUUCGCAACAUGCCUCGGCUUCUCUUGUUGAGUCUUGAAAACAAUUUGUUGCCUGUUUUAGACCCCGACUGGUUCUUUGGGCAGAGUAAGUUGUUUUACCUGUACUUGGGGGGAAAUAACAUCAAGACCAUUCCUCCAAGUACAUUCAAGAAUGUGCGUCCAUAUGAGAUAUAUCUUCAGGAUAGUGCUCUGUCCUGUCUCGACCAAAGGGUCCUGUGGGGACUGGAGUUUAUGUCAAUCUUCUAUGUGAGUGGUUCCAGCUUGGCAACAGUGCAGGUUGAAAUGUCCCACAAAUUGGGAUGGGCUGUUUCAAUUCAUGCGCAUGGAUUCCUACAGCACAUGCAAAUCAUAUCUGUUGAGGUGCCUUACUUCUAUUUCUGUGUCGGGCACUACCCAGGAAUAAAUAAAAAGUCAUUCUCAUGGCGGUUUGACUCGAUAGAUGCUGUACCUCGUCACAAAUCAAAACACUUUACUGUGUUAUGUACCGAGGUUGCUUACGAUCCCCCGGCCCCAGACCUUUCGCGUUUCGUUGCAAUCGCUACCAAUGACCUCCCAGACAAAAGAGACCCAAGCUACCAAAAGUACAGAGAAAAGUGCCGACAGGUGUGGGAACAUAACCUGGGCGUCACAGUGGCUCUGAGAGGUAACUCCACAUUACAGCUGGUGUCCAUGGGUGUAGGGAAUACGACCAGGGCAGAUUUGGCCAUACUAGUAGACGACACGCCGGACACGGUGUUAGCCAGCAGUGUAGAGUCAGCCACUAGAUUCCAGAUCAUCUAG